CAUCCCAUCGCGACGACGCUGCACAAACCCUUUACGUGAUUUUCAACUCACCACCUCCAUAACAGACUUGCUCAACCCACCGCCGUCCUCAAUAACCCCAUCACACACGACACCAUGGCCGAGAUUCGACGAAAGCUCGUUAUUGUCGGUGACGGCGCCUGUGGAAAGACCUGUCUGCUCAUCGUCUUCUCCAAGGGCACUUUCCCCGAGGUCUACGUCCCCACCGUCUUCGAGAACUACGUCGCCGAUGUAGAGGUUGACGGCAAGCACGUCGAGCUCGCCCUUUGGGAUACCGCUGGCCAGGAAGAUUACGACCGUCUCCGCCCUCUCUCCUACCCCGACUCGCACGUUAUCCUCAUCUGCUUCGCCAUCGACUCGCCCGAUUCGCUUGACAACGUCCAGGAGAAGUGGAUCUCCGAGGUUCUGCACUUCUGCCAGGGCCUUCCCAUCAUCCUCGUUGGAUGUAAGAAGGAUCUGCGCUUCGACCAGAAGACGAUUGAGGAGCUACACAAGACCUCGCAGAAGCCCGUGACACCCGAGCAGGCCGAGGAUGUGCGCAAGAAGAUUGGUGCCCAGAAGUACCUCGAGUGCUCGGCCAAGACGAACGAGGGCGUCCGAGAAGUAUUCGAGCACGCCACCCGGGCUGCUCUGUUGACCCGGAAAGAGAAGAAGACCAAGAAGUGCUUGAUCUUGUAAGCUUGGACAAGACUUUGCGACGAUAUAGGUCGAAAGCCGCCGCAACCGCGCGAUGUUGAGCCUGGCCAAGAGCAACACUGUGGCGGCUAUCGGGUGUCUAAUAGUGGUCUAUUUGAGAAGGAAGGGCAACAUGUCAUGGGCCGGUAGGGGUAGCAGACGAGUCGACUCCUCCAGUCUGCUUGCAGUCCAUCUCUGACGGCACCUAUACGAGGCGUUACUGUGCUGGAUCUUUUGUGUUUGGACCGUACAUCAUCUUGGGGUAGUUCAUGAUGGGGUUAUCUUCUCAGAGCGUGUGGAUCGAGAUUGAGCAAAUGGUAGGAUCUUUCUAAUAACCGGUGCUUUGUUUUGCUCUUAUCGUGUCUACCCAUACCAAUCGUUGAGCUGGGUUUAUGAAGAUAUCCACCGUGACUUGAC